AUGGUUGUAGCGGAUUUGAACGAUUUUUGAAGUGUUGAAGUGGUUGGUUUCCUUUUUUGUGUUUAAUCGUAGUGGAAAAGAUGCAACAGCAGUUUUGAUCGAAAAUCUGCUCAACUGAUCGAAGAAAUUGUGUUUUAAUUGGAAAAUUUAAUUUGAUUGCCCUGUUAUAAAGCGAAAAUUUGAAGAGUUCACCCACUUGUAAGAAAGACGGAGAAAACAAGGAAGUUUCGAAUGCGCUGUCAGAUUUCAAAUUCCAAAGUUUGUUUAUUUUGAUUUCAUCCAGCCAUUCUCUAGCAAUAAAUAAUCAUUGAUUUGAAACCGAUUUUCCAACAGCGUGUGAAAGUUUCGUUCAAGCAGAUUUAGGUUGCGAUUUAUGCAGUCGUGAAUGUGUUGACACCACCGAAACGGAGAAAGAAAGUUGUUAUUGCGAAAACCGCGAUUGAAGCAAAAUAAUUUUGCCUCAGAAAGAGCGCUGUGUGGUGUUGGUUUGGUUGCUGUACCUUUGUGUGUGCCAUUUGAGCUUGCCUCCACUCGACCGCUGUGCUGGUAGUGGCAAAUAACAUACGGGUAGGAUUUGGAAGCAGCAGCGGCUCGACGAGCUUGGCCGCGUCACACACUAGCAACGACAUCAAGGCAAAAGGAGAAGAAAAAGUGCGCGCGUGAUGGUGUACGACAACAAGCAUACGAAGAAAAUUAUUCAAUAGUUUCGUCAUCACAGUUCAUUGAGCAAAUAAUAUUUAAAAAAAAAUCGCGUGGAACAUUUUGCAGCAGUUGUGCUGUUCUGCGAUCUAAUAGAAGUACCUACAUGCAAGAAGAGUGAGCGACCGACAGCAGCAGGAGGAGAAGCACAAGGCUGAAAAACAUUCCACGAACUCGCCGGGUUUACAUUUGAAGCAAUUCCAUUUGGGGCUGACCGAAAUUUGCGCUGAGCUGGCAAACAACAACUAGAUGGAGAACUACCGUUAUCUCAACAAACAAAUGCCAAAGAUGCUACCAACUACAACUACGCCCGUAGUAGUGCCACAGUAAACAAAGGAUCGAAAGUAAAUCUCUGCUGUCGCCCAGUUUGCGUUGAUCAUAUUCGUAUGGUGUUGAGUGUACACACACGAUAAACUACAACCACUGACUGCUGCGAAUGAUACACAAUGCUAUUGUGAGUUGUAGUUAUCCGUUAUCACACGCUCUCGAGGAAGUACAGUUUCAACGCUUCUAAGUAGGUACCUACGAGAACAAAUUGAAAAAUUGCAGCUACUUUAAUCGUCAGUAGUGCUGUUGUCGUAUUGUUCUGCACCAACACACAGGCAGAGUUCUUUCUUCCUGCUUCACUUUCAUUUGGAAGUCGCUAUCAAGGGAAACACAUCAGUCUCGAACCAAUCUACAGCGUGCAGCAGAGGUUGGAGCAAGUGACGAUGAUCAGUAGUCGGUGAUCGAUUACGAAACGCGAGAGGUGUUUUGCGGUGGUGCUGAUCGCUUUGAACAGGGCUGACGCUGAGUGAAUCAUAAGUAAACAGAUCAGAAGCAGGCUCUCUUAGUUGCCAUCGAUCCGUAGUGAGCAGUGUUUAGUAGCAUUUGAGUCUGUAUGAAUGAAAUUGUGUAACGAUCGAACAGAGGCUGCUGGACGGUGGAAAAGUGUGGAAUGCAGCACGAAGAAAGCAAGUGUGACUCAAGUGGAUCUCGUAGGAACGGAAGAAUGCACUGUUUACAUUACAGUACAGUGUAGAAUGUGAACAGAUAUCAAACGGUUGCAUUUAAAUGUCAAUUAAUAAAAGUAUUCGCUCCAAUUUAUUUUAAAGUGAUUGAAUUAUUAAAUAUUUCUAUACAAAUCAGUUGACCCUGUGUUCGCUGCAAGAGAGUUGAGUUGAAUCAAAUCAAGUGAAAAUGAAACCCAUACGACUGAUGUUAGAUGUUAGGACGCUAUGUUUAAGUGUGUUGUUGUUCUUGUUGGUCGUUUCGGUAGCCGGUCAGCAGCUAGAUCAACUAGUGGUCGAUGACGAGCUGGACGGGCCAAACGUGUGCAAAGAAGUGGAACAAUACCAGUUGUUUGUGACCGCCCCGCGAGAGGUGACCUAUCAGGAACGGUAUCAGAAAUGGUGUGUGGCUGUUCCACCGCGUUGUUCGGCAUAUCGGGUCAAGACAAAGACUGUAAACGAAACUACGAGCGUAACCAAGGAGAGGAUAUUGAAGAAGUGUUGCACUGGGUACGAGAAGAAUCAGCAAGGAGAUCGGUGUGUACCAGCGUGCAUCACUGGAUGCAAGCAUGGCGUAUGUGUUGCACCAGAGACCUGUCGCUGCAAUGAGGGUUACGCGGGAAAGACUUGCAAUAUAAAUUGUCCACCGAACCGCUGGGGAUCCGAUUGCAACCAGAAGUGUCAGUGCAAGAACAAUUCCACGUGCAAUGCUCAGGACGGGAGCUGUGCCUGCCAGAAAGGGUACACCGGCGAUCGGUGCGAAUAUCAAUGUCCAUCGGACCGUUACGGACAGGAUUGUGCCGAAAUUUGCCAAUGCCAGAACGGUGGCAAAUGCGAUCCGGUUUCCGGCGAGUGCUACUGCGCGCCUGGUUUUGCGGGGCCUUUAUGUGCAGAAAGGUGUCCAGAGGGUAAGCACGGAGAGCAGUGUCGUUCGGAUUGUCGCUGCCAGAAUGGUGGAAGCUGCGAUUCACAGACGGGUGAGUGUAUUUGUCCGGCCGGUUAUACCGGAUCGGUAUGUGCUAAUCGCUGCCAGGGCCAACGGUAUGGCCUACGGUGCGAGCAGAAGUGUGAGUGCUUCAACGGAGCGGAUUGUAAUCACACGACAGGGGAGUGUAUGUGCGCACCUGGAUUUAUGGGUCCCAAAUGUUUGGACUCGUGCCCGGGCAACACGUAUGGAUAUAACUGCACAGAGACGUGUCGGUGUUUGAAUGGAGCCAUAUGCGAUUCGGCCACCGGGAAGUGUUCCUGCGCUGCCGGUUGGAUGGGAGCGGACUGUGGGUUGAGGAUUUGUCCGGAUGAUCGAUUCGGAGGGAACUGUACCGGUCAAUGCGAGUGCGAUGUAAAUAAUACCAAGAUGUGCCAUCCAUGGACCGGAAAGUGUCUAUGUAAUCCAGGUUGGAGUAGCACUCUGUGUGACAGGCCAUGCCCAUUCUUGCGAUACGGAGAAGGUUGCUCGAUCCAGUGCAACUGCAAGAAUAAUUCGCCAUGCAACCAUAUCGACGGAACGUGUAACUGCAUUGCCGGUUACAAAGGCGACAAUUGCGAGGAACAAUGCAGCAAUGGAACUUAUGGUCAAAACUGUAGUCAAACGUGUGAAUGCAUGAAUGGUGCUACGUGUUCCCCGGAGAGUGGUCAGUGCUUCUGUACGCCCGGUUGGCAAGGCAUCCGCUGCGAUCGACCCUGUGAUACGCACCACUUUGGAAAGGAUUGUACCGAGCGGUGCAAUUGUACGAAUAACGGUGUCUGCAAUCCGGUCAACGGUCAAUGUACAUGCCCGGCUGGAUGGUCCGGAGAACGGUGUGACAAGAAGUGCGAAUCGGGUCGGUUUGGACAGAAUUGUUCGCAGAGCUGCGAUUGCAGCUUGGAACAUACACUGGCUUGCAAUGUUACCACGGGAAAAUGUAUCUGCAAGGCUGACUGGGGUGGUGUACGCUGCGAGAGCCGCUGCCCAUUGGGAUACUACGGAGAGUCAUGCAACGAAAUAUGUACCUGCCACAACAAUUCCUCCUGCGAUCCUAUCACCGGGGAUUGCAUUUGCUCUCGCGGUUGGACUGGUCCGACUUGUAACGAACCUUGCCCCGAUGGAUUCUUCGGUCAUGGCUGCAAGGAACAAUGUCCGGUUUCAAACACAACGUGCGAUCACAUUACUGGAAAGUAUUCUUGCCGACCGGGUUAUAUAGGUACCACCUGUGAGCAUCCAUGUCCUUCCGGUACGUAUGGCAACGAAUGUCGUCACAAUUGUACCUGCAAGAAUGGUGGAGAGUGUUCUCAUGAAACGGGAACGUGUCAGUGUCCACCCGGCUGGACCGGUGCCAAUUGUGAAGAGGUUUGUCCGAACGGAUUUUACGGAGUGAACUGCAAUCAAAAGUGUAACUGCAGAAACAAAGCCAAGUGCCGGAAGAAUGAUGGACAGUGCAUUUGCGAUCCGGGUUGGAUGGGUAAUCGAUGUGACGAGGUGUGUCCGGAAGGGUUCUACGGAAACCAUUGUAUGGAGUCGUGUAAUUGCCCACCGGGUAACUAUGCCUGCCAUGCGGCCAGAGGAUGCGUUUGCAGCGUGGGGUAUUACGGAGAAAAGUGCGACAAAUCUCGCGCGGAAGCUAAGGUCCAGCCGACGGAAGAGACAUCGAACGCCGGCCUUGCAUGGGGUUUGGUACUGGCCGUAAUUUUCGUAGGCGUAAUCAUAGCCCUGGUCCUGUACUAUCGACGCCGAGUGGCAAAUCUGAAAGCGGAGGUCAACCACGUCGUAAACUACAUGAUCCAGGAGCAGCCGGGUCAUUUCGAUAAUCCCGUCUACUCGGCUUACCAAGGGCAACCGGGCGCGGCUGGAGCUGGUGAUGGACAACCUAACGGUGUUCGUCCCAUGACCCAUGAUAUGCUUUCGAAUGGCUCGCUGAUUCGAAAUAACCUGAGGAGCCCUAAGUCCAACUUGGACAAGUAUCGCUAUCCGGAGAAUGAAUCAGUUGGAACUGAUCGAUCCUAUUCCAUCCAAUUCCUAUCGGAAAGCCAGAAGAACUUUGAUGCUGACAUGACGAACCCCAACUACGACGCAAAAGAUCACGUGUAUGAUGAAAUCAAACACAAAGAUGGUUACAAAGAUCUCGACACUGAAUACGACCAUCUGGAUUACUCUCGACCAGGCAGUUCACACAAGACUCACUACUUUCGAAUGAACAAUCCGUUAACCAACUCGCCGAAGGAGAUCAACGUCCUUCGGGAGAACGGCACCAUCAACAACCUGUCGUCCCCUGGGCUAAGUAGUCGGCAACCGUUGGUUGCGCCCGGCCUGGGCACAACGGCAGCCACCGGUACGACCGAUUACGGUUCAUCCUCAUCCAACUCGUCCCCGAUACCUCCUCCGCUCUGUACCACCGGCACGGAUAGCAGCAACCUGUACGUUAAGAUGUCCUCCGAGGGUUCGUCUCCGGCGACCAGCGAUCAGGAGUGCAGCGCCAGCAGUAAAAUUCCAGAGCAUCAACUUAACAUCAAGUAAGUGCGUUUGCUCACAUUUUCCUUACUUUUGCGUUCUUACCUAGAAAAGAAAAGCAAUCACUAGUGAAAUCUGAAUCAAUUUGAACUGAUGCAAGUCACGGAAGUUUCAUAUUGUAUACUACGCUCAUAGUUUGUAAUAUUUUUAUUGUGAGUUUUUAAGAUUGUGAUAUAAAGAACAGUUUGAUUGUGUUUCGCCUCGUCUGCUUUUUUGCUCGAUUCUGCUUCAUGCCACGUGGAAGGAAGCAAAGUUGUCGAUCUUCGUUUAAAUAGACUGCUAAGAAUGACGGAAUUAGAACAAUAAUCAUCAACCAAAUUGGGGGGAGAUGUUUCUUUUAACGCUUCUCGAUUACUUUUUCAAAGGGACGUAUUAGCUUUUGUAAACAAUGCAUUUGAUCGUCGAUUUGGCGUAAGUAGUAGCUCGCCCACGCAUGGAAGUUUUCCCCUACCUGAUAUAUAGGGGUGUCAGUAUGCGUGAGCGAGCUACCAGUCAUGCCAAAUCGACUAUCAAAUGCAUUGUUUGCAAAAGCUGAUACGUACCUUCGAAAAAGUAAUCGAGACUUCCCUUCUCAAUUCAAUUGGCCAACGAAGCGAUGUUUAAGAUAAUUUAAUGAUAAUAAUAAUUAUAAUAAUAUUAAUCAUUGUAACAUUAAGCGUGCCAAAACGAGCCACCAUUCCUCUGAUUGAUUGGUGCGAUACAAAUUUCGCUAGAUAUACGUACAUUCAUGCAUACAUAUUUACAUACAACUCACGUUGAAAUUGGAUUGAUAUUUUAAAAAAAUGCAAAGACCAUGAUAUAAAAUUGUUAUUGAAAGUAAAAAAUAAAAAAAGAAAACGUAUAGAUUUCAAUCGGUUUCUAUCAGCAGAGAAAUCAUAUUUGUCAUUAUGCCCUCCUAGAGAGGUUAGAGAGUUUAUAUAUAUAAAGUCAAAACUAUAUCAUCGAUUGAAUUAUUCAUAUUUAUAUACACAUUCGGGAAUAAAAAUGAUUAAGCAUCAAAAUUGUAUUGUUUGGCAAAAUCAAUUCUAUUGUCAAAGCAAUUCUUUUCUUAUUCUAGUGAUGUUGGAAAGCAAUGUAAAUUUUAUCAUUAAAGAUUGUCAAUUGUAAAACAAAGU